AUGGCAAAUAACUCUUCUAGUGUCGUGGUCUCUACUAAUACUACACCCGAUGUUUGCUUUUUUUCCGUACCAGAGUUUGACCCUCAUAACAUGAACCGUCCAGAUUCAGUUCACCMGACUUGGACUUUUCUUGCUAUCGUCAAUGGUCUUGCUGCCCCMCCGACAAUUGUCGUCAACGCCCUUGUCAUAUGGGCUGUGGUYGGGAAUGAGAAUCUUCGAUCCUCUGCCUUCAACAUUUUACUUGCCUCUUUGGCAGUCACUGAUUUACUGACAGGAUUGCUGGUCGAACCUUUGUUCUGUCUUUAUCUAGGAUGUCUUCUGAACAAUUGUCUUUURCCUGAAUGUACAUUCACUGCGUACGUUUUAUCGUUGCAAGUUUGCGGUAGUAUGACAAUGGUCAGUUUUGCAAUCGCGAGUGUUGAGCGGUAUUUAGCCAUUGAACACCCGAACUUUUAUCUCCAGAACAUUAMAGGAAAGAAAGUUAAAGUAACUACGAUAAUUUCCUGGACAAUAACUGUGGUGUGUUUGUUGAGUACUACCGCUUUACUGAACCAAAGAAAUCCUAAUUUAUCCAAAAUUCCAGCAUCAAUAUUCAUGAGUAUUAUAGGAGUGAUAACUUUGUUCUGCUCAACCAAAGUUCAGCUAACAGGUUUUCUUCAGAGUAGAACCAUCGCUCUGCAGCAAGAAUCAGUUCAACAGCUAGACGAACAGCAGCAACAAGAACAACGACUCCAGGAAUACAAGCGAGUGUUGACGAUGACCAUGUUAGUGUUUUUUUCGGUUCUCUUUUAUUCUCCCUUGCCUAUACUCGCAGUGAUCGACACCAUGCAGGUCAAAGAUGACACAAGUAAUUUUCAGUACAUCGCCUCGACUAUUUGUGUAACAUUUAUACAUCUCCAGUCUCUUAUCAACCCAAUCAUCAYGUCACUGCGUCUGUCUUACAUUCGCGAAGCCAUCAAGAACAAKGUACAUAUCCUUGUGCAGGGAACUGAUUAA